AGGUAGGAUGUGUGUAUAACAGAUAAAAGAAAAUAUGUGAGUUAUGAUAAAGAUAAAUCAUGAUUACAUUGUGCCACAUUUCUACAGUGUACAAACAAUCGAUUACCCAGCUCGUCCAGUUGUUCCUGCCGUGGUACAUUGUGGAGGCAUACAUAUCCGUCCAGCAAAACCUCUCCCACAAGACCUUGAAGACUGGGUGCAAGGUGCUGGUGAUGCUGGCUUCAUCUUCUUCAGUCUAGGCUCGGCUGUCCCACCAUCCACUAUGCCAGAGGAGUACCGCACUAUUUUGGUUCAAGUGUUUGCUUCCCUCAAGCAGAGAGUCCUGUGGAAGUGGGAUAAGGACACUAUGGAUGACCUGCCCCCAAAUGUCCGUCUUGGCAAGUGGCUCCCACAACAAGAUAUUCUCGGUGAUCCUCGUUUACGUUUGUUCAUCACACACGGUGGGUUGUUGAGCACCCUGGAGUCCAUGUACCACGGUGUAUCAGUGCUGGGCAUCCCUGUGUUUGCUGACCAGCAUACCAACAUGAUCAAGGUGCAGAGGGAUGGCUGGGGCAAAGUGCUCUUCUGGGACCAACUUACCUUUGAUAAUCUCAAGAAUACGAUCGACAUCGUCAUGAAUGACACAAGCAUGAGAGCUGAGGUAGCAAGAUGGUCCAAAAUUAUGAAAGAUCGUCCACAAGAGCCAGCAGAGGUGGCCCUCUACUGGAUCAAGUAUGUUAUACGACACCAGGGAGCAUACCAUCUCAGGUGUCCUGCUGCCACCAUGACAUGGUACGAGCUGUACAACGUGGACGUGUGGGCAACAGUAGUUGUUUUGCUCGUCAUUAUCAGCUACGUCUCAGUACGAAUUAUAAUUUCCUUGUGUUCCUGGCUCUUCUCCAGAUCUAAAGCCAAAACUGAUUAAAAUUGAUAUUGCCUUGUGUAUGUUUCUUAUCAUUCCGUUUCUUGCACUGUAAGGUCCGAGUACUUCCCUGGGAAACCAGUGUUACACUAUAUAUAAAUGUGGUAAUUUCUUUUGCCUAUGAUAAAUUAAUACAGACAGUCAUUGCAUGACCUGAGAGAGUUAUCCCAGUGUCACAUAACUUCAGCCUCCUGUGUCUCAAUCCUUGCUGGAUAGUAGCUCUGCCUCAAAAGCCUCAGUAGUAGUUGUAGCUGGUCUCUUAACAGAUCCAGGAGCUGUAGUUCAAUCCCUUCAAGGGAGGUUCCUUGACGUUGGUGAGGGGCUCUUGAUCUAGGAAAUUGGACCUGUGCUCCAAUUCCCUGAAUUGAACCUGAAUACCUUUCAUCUCCCCCCCCCACAUGCGCUGUAUAAUCCUACGGGUAUAGCGCUCCCCAUGAUUAUAAUAAUUACAAUGUAGUUCAAUCUUCCCAAGUAUUCCUAGACCUAAAAAUCAGUUUCAAAAAGCCCAGGAGCCAGAGAUGCAAACAUUCCAGCAGUCUGCUGAUUAACACCCUCAAAAGGAACAGGAGCUAGAGCUAUGAAACAAUGUAGCGAAAAUUUAUGAGCAAUUUUUCUAGAUUAAAAAAAAUCCGAAUUGCAGACGACUGAUAGCCACAUAGACUAGUUUUCAAACGGGGUUGAUCCCUUUUAUAUCACGGAAACGAAUAGAGUGAACACGCAUAAGUACAUAACGAAGGAACACUGCAGGAGACUUACUGGCGUAUGCUAAACAGGGCUACCUCACAGCCACUCACACCCACUCAUGUACUCGUUCAACCUAUAUUUAAAGCUACAUUGUCUCAGUUAAAUAAUCUGGGAGUUUGCUCCAUUCAUCUUUACUAAAUCUAAAUUUCUCCAACUUGAAUCCAUUUCUUUAUUUAUAUGUAUAUUUCAAUCUUAUCUCUAUCAACUUUCCCACAAUUGAAGUUAGGCUGACUGUACCAUAAUUUGAAGCUAGGGACCUCUAUAUCCCACUUUCCAUAUAGGUAUCACAUUUGUCAUUUUUCACUUAUCCGGUACAAUACCUUGAAGAGACUAGCUAAUGUUUUGUUAAGUUCUUUACAAUUUUUAAAACCCUUGUUUAGCAGAACAAAAUCCAGGAGGUUAGUUCCUCUGUCUGGUUCUAACAUAAACUGCUUAAAAAAAGUAUUUCCGGACCAUUUCGAGAAAGUCGCUAGACUCUGCCUGUCUUCAAUUGUUCCGGUUGAUAUAGCUAAAGUUAAACAUUUCCCAUUAAAACUACAUUUUCAUUUUUAGGAUGCCUAAGCAAUUUCAUCCCAAAGAAGUUCACUAUGGUCACAAUAGAGGUUUGGAGAUCUGUAGAUAACACCUAAGAUUAGCUUGUCAUGUCCUUCAAGAGAGUACAACCAAACAGACACCCCCCUCUCCCUUCCAUCUUUAUAUUGGUUCUGAUACAACAAUAUAAAUUUGUCCGUAUCAUACAUACCAACUCUGCCUUAUUUCCUUUUGAUUCUGUCAAUGUACAAUAAUUUACACCCGUGUAUGUGACACUCAGCAGACAUGUCCCUAUUUUAGUUAUUAAGAUAAUAUCUUUGUUCACUUCUGUACUUCAGUAUAAACACUUGAUCUACACAUCCCCUACUCAUUAUAAAUUCCUUAUUCAUCUACGGUCUCGCUCUCCGUCUUACUCCUUGUACUACGACUAUUUGAAUAAAAUAGACACUAUGACCAUU